AGCUCCACUUACGACCCAGCCUCCCGCUGACGCAGGCCAUCGGAGGCUGGAUCGCCCACGUGGGAGACCCAGACGGAGUUCCAGCCUCCUGGCUUCAGCCUGGUCCAGCCCUGGGAGGGCCCCUGGGGAGUGAGCCAGCAGAUAGAAGCAGAUCUCUCCGUCUCUGUGUGUCUGUCUCUCUCUGCCUUUCAAACAAAAUAAAUAAAGUUGCUUUGAAGGCGCACCUUGAAGCCUCCCGCCUUCAUCUCUGGGGGAAAGGAGGCUGGCCCUGCACCUGCAUUGACCCGGAAGACGGCACCUCUUCCUCCCCACCCCCCCGCCACUCCCCCAGGGCUUCCCAGUGGUGAGCGCACAGGAAGUGGCUGCUCGAAUUUUCUGUGGGCUCCUUCAGGGGAGCCCUGCCCCGCCCUUGUUGGAGACCGCCCAGUGCACCCCCAGCCCGCCUUGCUGGGUCCCACAGCAGGGGUGUGGGGGGGUCAGCCACUUUAGACCCGCCCCCUCCAGUCCCCACCCCCACCCCACCAAGCCUGGGUCAGGUGCAACACCGGGGCUUCUGCAAUCCUAACCGCUGGCUUCCGCCCCCUUCCUCCGUGUGGCGGGCACAUCCUGAGCGCGCACCCCUCCCUCAGCCUGGCCCCCAUGGCGCCCUCCGGGGCCUGCUGGAUUCUGCUACUGUGUGGCUGCCUGCUGCCCCCAGAUUUGUUUGUUUGAGAGGGAGAGACAGACAGAUCAAUCUUCCAUCCACUGGUUCACUCCCCAAACACCUGCAACAGCCAGGACUGGGCCAGGCCAAAGCCAGGAGUCUGGAGCUCCAUCCGGGUCUCCCAUACACUAGAAGGGAGCUGGAUCGGAAGUGGAAUGGCCUGAACUCGAACCAGCGCCCGUAUGGGAUGCCGGGGCAUCGCGGGAGGCGGCUUUACCUGCUAUUCCACAACGCUGGCGCCCCAGAAUCACCCUUCUUUUUCACUUGUCCAAUUCCCACAGAGACUUCUAAGCUGGCUGUUGUUGCCCCCUCCUCCUGGAAGCCUUCCCUGACUCACCGCCUCCUAGAAGCUUAAUCAGAGCCUCCCCUGAGCACCGUCUAGAUCCCCAACAUUGCCUCUGUUCCUUCUGCCAGGAUCACUCUUUCCCGUGGCUGAUUCCUACUUGAUCUUUAAAACCCCACCCCUUCCUCCAGGAAGCCUUCCGCGAUUCACUUUCUCCUAUACUUGGAAUCAGAGCUCCCCUCGCCUCUCCCUAGUGAUCCUUUGCCCCCCCCCCACUGGAUGGGGGCCCCCCGAGGGCAGGGUGGGGCUGCUGAUGGGUGAGUUGGGGGGAAUAACAAGCAGGGCCCGUGUUCCCCCAGGCGUCCAGGGGCAGGAGUUCCCGCUGCGGGUGGAGCCCCGGGACCCGGUGCUGCGUGCCGGAGCGUCCCUGCUGGUCAACUGCAGCACCGACUGCCCCGACUCGGACCUCAUCACGCUGGAGACCCUGCUCUCCAAGGAGCUGGUGGGCCAGGGCCAGGGCUGGGUGGCCUUCCUGCUCAGUGGGGCGUCGGACGACAGCCAGGUCCUGUGCUCCGGCUACUGCAAUGGCUCCCAGAUGACCAGCACCUCUCACAUCACCGUGUACGAGUUCCCGGAGCGCGUGGAGCUGGCGCCCCUGCCCCCCUGGCAGCCCGUCGGGGAGGACCUCACCCUGCGCUGCCAGGUGGUGGGCGGGCAGCCCCGGGCCCGGCUCUCGGUGCUGCUGCUCCGCGGGGAGGAGGAGCUGAGCCGGCAGCCGGCGCUGGGGGAGCCCGUGGAGGUCACCGCCACGGUGCGGGCCGACAGAAGCGACCACGGCGCCAAUUUCUCCUGCGUCACGGAGCUGGACCUGCGGCCCCUGGGCUUGGAGUUGUUCAAGAACGUCUCGGCCCCCAGGCAGCUGCAAACGUUCGUCCUGCCCCUGACUCCUCCGAGCCUCGCCGUCUUCCCGCUCUUGGAGGUGGGAACUUCGUGGCCGGUGGUCUGCCACCUGUCCGGCCUGUUCCCGGCCUCCGCGGCCCAGGUCCGGCUGGCGCUGGGAGACCAGAUGCUGAAUCCCCAAGUCACGAGGGACGGGGACGCGCUCAACGCGACGGCCAUAGUCACAGAGCGGUCAGGCCACGAGGGAGCGCGCGAGGUGGUCUGCAGCGUGACCCUGGCCGGCCGGAGUCGCGAGGCCCGGAAGAACGUGACCGUCUAUAGCUUCCUAGGGCCAUUUCUGAACCUGAGCGAGCCCAUCGCCACCGAGGGGUCCAGCGUGACUGUGACUUGCACGGCCGGGGCCCGGGUCCAGCUCGUGCUGGACGGGGUUCGGGCCGCGGCUCCGGGGCAGCCCGUCCACUUGCAGCUAAAUGCCACCGAGCGCGACGACGGGCGCAGCUUCUCGUGCGGCGCCACCCUCCAGGUGGACGGCCACUUUGUGCACCGCAACAGGAGCGCCCGCCUGCGUGUCCUGUCACGUGGCGUGGAGAGAAAGGACGACCCACGUCCUGCAUUGCGAGGCUCGCGGCAACCCGGCCCCCCAGCUGAGGUGUUUGCAAGAGGGCUCCAGGCGCGAGGUGCCGGUCGGCGUCCCGUUCCUCGUCCAGUUAAACUACAGUGGCACGUAUCGCUGCCAGGCGGCCAGCCCGCGGGGCACGGACACCCUGGUCGUGGUGAUGGACGUUCAAGGUAUGAACUCCUCGACCGUCAGCAUCGUCCUAGGAGUGCUGGUCACCCUGGGCCUGGUGGCCGUUGCAGCGGCCUCCCUGUACAUCUUCGGGGUGCAGAAACGGAGCGGAAGCUACCCGGUGAAGCAGCCAGGCCCCUCGCUGCCCCUCCAGUCCAUGCAGCCCGAGGAAGGGGAUGGCGGACAGCCGUCCUGAGCCGCGGGCAGAAGUCGGCGGGGCCUUCGGCAGUCUACCCCCGGGUUCCGUACCAAUAAAGCUUCUAAACCCCA